UAAAUAAAAAGUAAAUCGUUUUGAUUUGACAUUACAAAACGUGUUCUGAAAAAAACUCGUAUUAUAAAACCUCUAGACGUGGUUAACAUAAAAAAUAUUUUAAAGGUAUAAGUGGUGAGAAGCAUGGAAAACUCUGAUACUGGUACAUUUGGGGAUACUGUACUGGAUGGUGUAUGGUUUAGAGCAGGCAAUGAUACUGGUUUUCCAACUCCGGGCCAGUAUAAUCCAAUUUAUAUUCUAACCGGUGUCUUUGGUGGGCUGUUCAUUAUAUUACCAUUACUCGUACGGAAAUCUCCUAAUAAAGUAAUUAUCAGAUGCAGUAUUAUGCUGUCUAUAUUCUGCAUAUGGAUCUUCUGGGUAACCGUUUACAUUGGACAGAUGAAUCCUAUCAUGGGUCCGCGAAUGCACAACACUACUGUGGCUUGGAUUGCUCAUGCAAAGGGAAAUCCACUAAAAGCUUCCGAUGUAAGGGAGGGAGAAGUUCCUGAAUAUUAGUAAUCCUGUAAACUACCAAGGAACGGUCAACAGAUGCUGUCAAAAAGUGGUCACUUUUAGUUAUUAAUGUAAAGAUGAUUUCAUUAAAUCUCUUCUAAGAAGUUGACUUGAAAA